AUGAUUCCGACGUUCCGAGGCAUCGUACCUUCGGACCUCCGCACAUCGGAUGAGUCCCGGUUCCUCCCCUCCCCCAGAGACCGACCCAUCCCCCUGCUUCCCCAGACUCACCUCCCGCAGGGUCGCCAGGCGGAUGCUGGAUCCUACACCUCGCCUGUACACAGGGACCGCAGCGAGAUGGCCUUCAGGUUUGGCUCGCAUGAGUCUGAGGACUCACCUGACAACCGGGCAGACCGACGCAAUCAACGCCGCUUUGACGAGGACGAUGGUCGAGCAAGUAAACGACAACGUACCGCGUUGGCUUGCAACUCGUGCAGGUAUCGCAAGUCCCGCUGCAAUGGCGUGCACCCCACGUGUUCGACAUGCAGUGACUUGGGGCUCGAGUGUGUCUACAGAGGCCCCGCUCCCACGCCCCGAUUCCAGUCUCGGGACCUGCAGUCGAUGGAGAGGAGGCUGCAGAAGUUUGAGGAUCUGUUGCUGGGGAUCGUGACGAACCAGCAGAUGAGUGGCAACUCGAACAACAACAACAUCACCACCCCAGCCAUGUCGCGAUACCCAUCCCAGCCUCAAGGCGGUUCUUACGUCGAAGCACCGCCUCUACAAAACACCUCGGUGCCAGCCUUUCCCAACCUGGUGCGCUUCCAACCAGAGCAGGCGACGGCACAGCGUGACCAACCAAUGUCCAAGCUGUGGCCGAUGGCACAGGAGGACACCGUCGACGGGAUGGGGAGCAUCAUCUUCGCGGACGACUCUAGCUCGGGGUUUUUUGGUCCAUCCUCGAACUCGGCCUUCUUCAGCAAGAUCGCCAAGGUCCUGGCUCUGGGAAUACGGACCAUGCCCGAAGGCAGAGACUCGACGCGAGAUCUGGCGGGGGCCUUGUCGCGGCCUGCAUCCCCUGCAGCGCAGAGCAGAGGCAGCGCCCGCCCCGUCAACCCUUACAAACUGCCCUCGCGAGCGGAGAUCUCUCGAAUCACUGACAUUUUCUUCUCCCACACUGGCCAGUUUUUCCCUUACAUCUCCAAGACCAGCUUGACGGAGAUGGUGGAAGAGCUCGAGUCGACCAAUUUCAGCAACGUUCGGAAGUCGGGCUUGUGCCUGCUGAACGCCGUCUUAGCCAUGGGCACGAGUCUGGAUAGAGGGGUGGGUCGUCAUCCCAAAUCGAUCGAGAUCGAAGCAGACGUCUUCUUCCAGCGCGCACUGGCUCUGUCUCCGUGGACCAUCUCAAAUACCGCCAAUUUGGAGACCUUGCAAGCGCUCACGGCCAUGACCCAAUAUCUACAAGGCACGUCGAGAUCUGCACAGACCUGGAAGCUCCACGGCCUACUUGUGCAGGCGGCGUUCCAACUGGGGGUCUAUACCCAGGAUCCAAACGCGAAGAUCUCGGCCUUGGAACGGGAAAUUCGCACCAGGAUCUGGUACACAUGCAUCAUCCUUGACCGGGUUUUCAGCACCACCUUCGGGAGGCCACUCUUGAUCAACAACGAGCUCAUUCACAUUGACUUGCCGUUGGACAUCGAGCUCGAUCAACUCCCAAAGGAUCAAUCCCAAUUCGAGAUGCCCCAAAAUCCCGAAUCGAGGCCUUCGCCGGGUGUCAUCUUCAUCCCAAGCAUUAAGCUAUACCGUCUCCAGGGCGACAUUAUCUGCGACAUUUACAACCACAACGUGAUCUCCUCGCACACCGUGCGGUCCGACGAGCUCUACAGCAAGAUCAUCCAAGUCGACCACGCGCUGGAAAAAUGGAAGGCGGACCUCCCCCCCAUUUCCGCGCUGCUGCCGCUCGAGUUUGUCGACAACAUGGACACCGAGAGCUGGGCGUACACCAAGGCGCAGACCACGCUGACGCUCCGCUACCUCAACGUCCGCGCCCUGCUUUUCCGCAAGAUCCUGGAGCGCUCCCUCGACCACUUUGCCAAGUCGAGCACUUCGGCCGUGCCCCCGAGCGGCUCGUUGCCCAUUGGCCAGAUCAUGAUCCAAGCCUGCGCGGACGCGUGUGUCCAGACCAUCGCCAUCAUCCGAACGACGGUCUCGAAGCCGCAGGUGCUACCUGCGUGGUGGUAUACGGUAUACUACGUCUUCAAUUCGGCCUUGAUCCUGUUUGGCGUCAUCUGCCUGCAGACCCUGGGCAAGACGAACUUCGGGACCAAACCCGCGGCCGAGCUGGUGGCCGUCAUCCAAAGCGGCCUCGAGGCACUGGAGAUCAUUGGGAAGGAGAGGCGCAUUGUCCGCCGGUGUUCAAAGUACCUGACCAAGAUCAUCCUCGUGUCGACCUUGCUGGUGCGGAACCACGCGUCAGUGCAACAGCUUCCCGCCGGGGUCACGGCGCUGAUCAAUUCCCUGCCCAACGGAAAUCCUCCCCCCUCCACCAGUGGCGGAAAUACACCCUCGCCGCUGCAGACGGAUUUCGGACAGUUCUUGAUCGACGAGGACUACGCCUUCUUGGAUGUCUGGACGGACCUUGUUCAGGACACCUCGACCGCAUUCCCCAAUGCUUGA